UGUGAAGGGGUUUCAAUGGAUACUCAUGUGGAAAAGGAGAGAGGAGGUGAGGAGAAGGAAGGUGGGAGAAGUGCGUCUAUCCUCUCCCCACAGCUGAAAGCCAUGAUCCGAAUCAAGAAGAAAUACCUAAAGAAAUCUAAUUCAGUCAGGUUGGCUCAUAAUACUAACUCGGUUGUGUCUGAUGGGAGUUUGCACCCUAAGAGUCCCCAAACCAGGAAGUCCAAGCGCAGGAAGUCCCGCGUGCUGUUCCCAAAUGACACUUUGAUAUUCAAGCCAAAGAAAGAGCGCAGCAGAGCGAAUCCUUUCCUGCUGCUCUUUAGCAUGAUCGUCUUCAUCCAGGUCUACAAUGCUAUUGAGAAUCUGGACGACCAGGUGUUGAAGUACGAUCUUGAGGGUUUGGAGAGGUCGCUGCACAGGGAGGUGUUCGGCCACCCGGAGGCGCUAGAGGAGCUCAUGGACCAUCUGAACGAUUACCUUUCCACUUACGCCCAUCAGAAACCCCUCGCCCUGUCUUUGCACGGGGCGUCCGGCGUCGGGAAGAGCCACCUGGGUCGCCUACUGGCACGCCACUUCCGCUCCGUGGUCGACGACAAGCUAGUGGUGCAUUAUUUAUCCAAACACCACUGCCCCCUACAGGACGCGGCGCAGCACUGCGCCUCCAAACUAGCUCAGCGUAUAUCAGAGGUAGUGACUCGAGCUGAGGAAGAGGAGCAGAUUCCCUUCUUCAUCCUGGAUGACGUGGAACUGAUGCCGCCUCCGCUGCUGGACAUCCUGCAGACAUUUCUUCAGACGAAUCAGACGAAUGAGUUUCUGAACGUGGUUUAUGUUUUCCUCAGCAGUCUGGGGCAAAGGGAGAUCACAGCUCACGUUCUUCAAAACGCCUCUACCGCCGGAGCCCACAAACCGCUCCGACAGGCCCUGUCUCUCAUCCAUCCUCUAUGGACGGAGCCCGCGGUCGAGCUCAUACCUCUUUCCCUGCUGGAGCGGGAACACAUCAUACAAUGCUUUCUUGAGGAAAUGACCCUCGAAGGGUUUUACCCCGACCUCAGUCAUGUAGAGAGACUGGCGGAUGAACUGGCCUAUCACACAGCAGCUGGAAGACAGUACGCAAAAACCGGAUGCAAACAAGUAGUGGGAAAAGUGAACCUGCUUUGAGAGAGCUUUUGAAAAUGUGCACUGUUUUUCACUAUUCCUCUAUUUUCAGUCAUCCCAAAAUCGCAUUUCAAUAACAUACAC